CCGUCCCCGCGGCUGUCGCCCCCGCCGCCCGCCGGCCAUGCUGAGGGCGCCGCUGCUGCUGCCGCUGCUGCCGUUGCUGCUGCCCGCCGGGGCCGCGGCCGGGCCGGCCGAGAAGCGCGUGGUGCAGAAGGAGGCGGCCUUCGAGCAGCUCUACGGCGACGCCGUGAACGAGCAGCUGCUCAACAUCUACGCCUUCAACCACAGCGUCUCGCGGAACCGGACGGAGGGCGUCCGGGUGUCGGUGAACGUGCUGUCCGAGCAGAAGGAGAGGCCGGUGCUCUUCGUGGUGCGGCAGAAGGAGGCGGUGGUCUCCUUCCAAGUGCCCUUAAUCCUCCGGGGCCUGUUCCAGAGGAAGUACCGGUACCAAGAUGUCAGCCGCACUCUGUGCCAGCCGCCAACCAAGAGCGAGGUGGAGACCCAGUUUUUCUUUGUGGACGUCUCCACCCUCUCGGCCACCAACGCCUCUUACCAGCUGCGCGUCUCCCGCGUGGAGAAUUUUGUACUCAGGACAGGUGAGCCCUUCACUUUCAACGCCACAGCAGCCCAGCCACAGUACUUCAAGUACGAGUUCCCGGAGGGGGUGGACUCUGCCAUCAUUAAAGUGACAUCAUCCACAGCCUUUCCUUGUUCGGUCAUUUCCGUCCAGGACAUUCUGUGUCCCGUCUACGACCUGGACAACAACGUGGCUUUCAUUGGCACCUACCAGACCAUGACCAAGAAGGCAGCCAUCACAGUGCAGAAGAAGGAUUUCCCCAGCCACAGUUUCUACGUGGUCGUGGUAGUGAAGACCGAAGACGAAGCUUGUGGGGGGCCUUUACACUACUACCCUUUUUCCAAAGAUGAGCCUGUAGACCAAGGCAACCGUCAGAAAACCUUGAACGUCGUGGUGACCCCUGCUGUCAGUUCUGAGGCCUACGUGGAUGGGAUUCUCUUCUGCCUGGGCGUCUUCUUGUCCUUCUACAUCCUGACGGUGCUCAUCGCCUGCUGGGAGAACUGGCGGCGUCAGAAGCGGAGGCAGCGGCAGCUCCAGUUCCUGAGUGCUGUGGACACACCCUGUUCCGAUGGGGGCGUACGAGGGAAUGAGCCCCCGGAUCCCUUCCAGGGACACCCUCCUCUCGGCAGUCACUGUUAUGGGUCCUUCGCAGACACCGGGUCGGCUGCCAGCAGCGAGAAUGUCACGGACAGCCUGCUUUCCACGGAGGCCUCCUCCAAUUACGCGGGGCAAGAUAUGUGCCAGCAGCGGCAGAGACACUGGGCAGCCUUUGCAAUGGACCGUUCCCUGGAGAACCUGGUGGGGCGUCCUCGGCUUGACUCGCUCAGCUCCGUGGAGGAGGAUGAUUACGACACGCUGGCCGACAUUGAGUCGGACAAGAACGUCAUCCGCACCAAGAAGUUCCUCUGUGUGGCAGAUCUGGCCCGCAAAGACAAGCGAGUAUUGCGGAAGAAAUACCAGAUUUACUUUUGGAAUAUUGCCACCAUCGCUGUCUUCUACGCCCUGCCGGUCGUCCAGCUGGUCAUCACCUACCAGACGGUGGUGAACGUGACUGGGAACCAGGACAUCUGCUACUACAACUUCCUCUGCGCCCACCCUCUGAGCAACCUCAGCGCCUUCAACAACAUCCUGAGCAACCUGGGCUACGUUCUCCUCGGCCUCCUCUUCCUGCUCAUCAUCCUGCAGCGCGAGAUCAGCUACAACCGGGCCUUGAUGCGCAACGACUUCCAGGCUGUGGAGUGCGGCAUCCCCAAACACUUCGGCCUCUUCUACGCCAUGGGCACCGCCCUCAUGAUGGAGGGCCUGCUGAGCGCCUGCUACCAUGUCUGCCCCAACUACACCAACUUCCAGUUUGACACCUCCUUCAUGUACAUGAUUGCCGGGCUCUGCAUGCUGAAGCUGUACCAGAAGAGGCACCCGGACAUCAACGCCAGCGCCUACAGCGCCUACGCCUGCCUGGCCGUCAUCAUCUUCUUCUCGGUCGUGGGGGUGGUCUUCGGCAAAGGCAACACGGCCUUCUGGAUCGUUUUCUCGGUCAUCCACAUCCUCGCCACGCUUCUGCUCAGCACCCAGCUGUACUACAUGGGCCGCUGGAAACUGGAUUCUGGCACCUGGCGCCGGAUCUUCCACGUGCUGUACACCGACUGCAUCCGGCAGUGCAGCGGGCCCAUGUACAUGGAUCGGAUGGUGCUGCUGGUCAUGGGGAACCUCAUCAACUGGUCUCUGGCAGCCUACGGGCUGAUCAUGCGCCCCAACGACUUCGCCUCCUACCUCCUGGCCAUCGGGAUCUGCAACCUGCUCCUUUACUUCGCCUUCUACAUCAUCAUGAAGCUCCGGAGUGGGGAGCGCCUGCUGCCGGUCUCGCUGCUCUGCAUCGUCUUCACCUCCGUGGUGUGGGGCUUUGCCCUCUUCUUCUUCUUCCAGGGCCUCAGCACCUGGCAGAAAACCCCGGCCGAGUCUCGAGAGCACAACCGCGAGUGUGUCCUGCUGGGCUUCUUUGACGACCACGAUGUCUGGCACUUCCUCUCCUCCAUCGCCAUGUUUGGCUCCUUCCUGGUCCUGCUGACUUUGGAUGAGGACCUCGACUGCGUCCAGCGUGACAAGAUUUAUGUCUUCUGAGGAGCCCGGAGACUCCAUGGCAGGGAGGCCGGCGUGGCUCACCGGACGGGGCUCCUGCUGGCGGGUGCUGGGGCCGCAGCUGUGGGCCCCCCCCUCACCAGUGCCUCCAGAGUCAGUCUGCGGAAGGAGAAGGAGCCUCCGAGGGCCGAGCCAGCCAGGGUGAAGGGCUCCAGUGCCGGCAGGGUGGCCUCUGCAUUGCCUGCAACUUUGGGGAGAGGCUGCAAGCGGAACAGCUGGGCUCCCCUUCAGUGGGGCAGCCCUUGGAGACUGACUCGGCUCCCUUCCUUGGUGCCUGCAUUGACCUCCAAAAGGGCCUACCCACCCCCAAGCCCACCGGCAGCAGCCGCCGUAUUGUCCGGGCAGUGGCUGCCUCCUCCUCCUCCUCUUCCUCCUGCUGCUGCUGCCCACUGGGUGCCAUGCGGUCACUGCCAAUGGAGGGGAAAGCAAGCCAGUGGAUCCCCUCUGCAGCUGAGCGGCCCCUGGGGGGCCUCCCGAGUCUUGGCCCCCAAGCAAGGCAGCCCGGGUUCGGGGGGGCUUCUGCAGGUAGUCCCCAGGGUGCAGGGGGGCAGGAGAAGAUCCGAAGGGCCAUUGCAGGGGGGCGAGUGCUCCUCUUUCCCCACUCAAAGAUCGGGCCUUCCCUCCGUGUUUGUCCCUUCCUGGUUUUGGAUUGUGGCUAAGAUGGUUUUCCUGGAAAAAUGGUUCUUGGUAUAAACCACUGUUGAAGAA